CUCGAUUAACAGCGCCAAAUCCAGCUAUUCAACAUUGGAGAACUCAUCAAAAGGCAUUGCAUUUUAAACAAUUUCCAAAUCUGGGUUGCAAAUCUAUAAAAGGAAGACAAGCAAAAUUAUUUCCAAAAUUGGAGAUGUGUUCAAGUUAA